AGAAGGUUAUCUCUGGACGAAUCUAGCUUCUUUCUCAUAAUUCUAAAAGUUCUCCAUAAACCCCUCUUUCUCCGUUUACCAGUCCACUUCACGCCUUUACCAAAGUGUUGGAACAUACCAGAACCUCUUUUUCUCUCAACGUCGUCGUCACAAGGUUGAUUAGGUUGAUUUUUGCGUAAACAAGGUACACUACUAAGCAAAGAUGAGUGUGGUAGGAUUCGAUCUUGGUAACGAGAGUUGUGUUGUGGCAGUCGCCAGACAAAGGGGAAUCGACGUUGUUCUUAAUGACGAGUCAAAGCGUGAGACCCCGGCUAUUGUAUGUUUCGGUGAGAAACAGCGGUUCCUUGGAACAGCUGGUGCUGCAACCAGCAUGAUGAACCCGAAGAAUACUAUCUCCCAGAUCAAGCGGUUGAUCGGCCGGCCUUUCUCUGAUCCUGAGUUGCAACAGGAUCUUAAGGCAUUGCCGUUUUCUGUUACUGAGGGACCCGAUGGUUUCCCAUUGAUCCAUGCUCGGUACCUUGGGGAAACGAAAACGUUUACUCCAACACAGGUUAUGGGUAUGGUUUUCUCAAACAUGAAGACAAUAGCAGAAAAGAAUCUAAAUGCAGCGGUUGUGGAUUGCUGCAUUGGGAUACCUGUUUAUUUCACUGAUCUUCAAAGAAGGGCUGUCAUGGAUGCAGCUACUAUAGCUGGAUUGCAUCCUUUACGGUUAAUGCAUGAAACAACCGCAACUGCUUUAGCGUAUGGAAUAUACAAGACCGACUUGCCUGAGAACGAGCAGCUAAAUGUAGCCUUUGUCGACAUUGGGCAUGCUAGCAUGCAGGUCUGCAUAGCAGGCUUCAAGAAAGGCCAAUUGAAGAUAUUGGCUCAUUCGUUCGAUCGCUGUCUCGGUGGGAGGGAUUUUGAUGAGGUUUUGUUCCAAUACUUUGCUGAAAAAUUCAAGACAGAGUACAAAAUUGACGUGUUUACAAACGCAAGGGCUUGCCUCAGGCUUCGUGCUGCAUGUGAAAAGCUGAAGAAGGUACUUAGUGCAAAUCCAGAGGCACCGAUGAACAUAGAAUGCUUGUUGGAUGACAAAGAUGUUAGAGGUUUUAUAAAACGAGACGAGUUUGAACAAAUUAGCACCUCGAUAUUGGAACGUGUAAAGAAGCCUCUAGAGAAGGCUCUUUUGGAGGCUCAACUCACAGUUGAUAAUAUAUAUGCUGUGGAGGUUGUUGGUUCAGGCUCUAGGGUUCCAGCUGUAAUCAAGAUUCUGACAGAAUUCUUCGGGAAAGAGCCAAGGCGUACCAUGAAUGCAAGUGAGUGUGUUGCUAAAGGCUGUGCCUUGGAAUGCGCCAUUCUUAGUCCCACCUUCAAAGUUAGAGAGUUCCAGGUCCAAGAAAGCUUUCCUUUCUCAAUUGCUUUAACAUGGAAAGGAUCUGCUCAAGAUUCCCAGAAUGGAAAUGUGGAGAAUCAACAAAGCACUAUCGUUUUUCCAAAGGGAAACCAAAUUCCCAGCGUGAAAGCUUUGACUUUCUACAGGACUGGCACAUUUUCAGUUGACCUACAAUACGCAGAUGUCAGUGAAUUGCAGGCACCGCCAAAAAUUAGUACUUACACGAUUGGUCCAUUCCAAACAACAAAAGGUAACAGUGCAAAGAUCAAGGUAAAAGCGCGUUUGAAUUUGCAUGGAAUUGUCUCCGUGGAAUCUGCACAGCUUAUUGAAGAAGAAGAAAUUGAUGUUCCGGUGACAAAAGAACCAACAAAGAUGGAAGUGGAUAAUACUCCAGCUGAUGCGGCUACAAACACCGAAACUGAUGUCAACAUGCAGGAUGCCUCAGGGGCUGAGAACGGCGUUCCGGCUACAGGAGAUAAUCCUGUUCAGAUGGAGACCGAUGUAAAGGUUGAAGCUCCAAAGAAGAAAGUCAAAAAGUCAAACAUAACCGUUUCAGAGAUGGUUUACGGGGCAAUGCUAGCUGCUGACGUGCAGAAAGCAGUAGAAAAGGAGUUUGAAAUGGCGUUGCAAGACCGUGUAAUGGAAGAAACAAAGGACAAAAAGAAUGCUGUGGAAGCCUAUGUUUAUGACAUGAGGAACAAGCUUCAUGAUAAGCUGCACGAGUUUGUUACGGAUUCAGAUAGAGAAGCAUUAAUAGCUAAGCUUCAAGAAACAGAAGAUUGGUUGUAUGAAGACGGGGAAGACGAAACUAAAGGCGUAUAUAUCGCCAAACUUGACGAGCUCAAAAAGCAAGGUGACCCCAUAGAACAACGGUACAAGGAACACUCAGAAAGAGGAUCCAAUGUUGACCAAUUGGUUAAUUUUGUCAAUUGGUACAAACAAGCUGCAGCAUCUAGUGAUCCCAAGUAUGAGCACAUCGACAUGAGUGACAAACAGAAGGUCUUGAAUGAGUGUUCGGAAGUUGAAAAUUGGUUAAGGGAGAAAAAGCAAAUUCAAGACUCACUUCCGAAGCAUGCUGAUCCCGUUCUUCUAUCAUCUGAUAUAAGAAAAAAAUCAGAGACACUCGACAGGCUCUGCAGGCCGAUAAUGACGAAACCGAAGCCGGCCCCACCAAAGGCGGCCGCACCUGAGACACCAUCCUCACCUGCACCGGCUCAGGCAGGUGAGCAGCAGCCUUCUCAAGAGGCGGGGAAUGGCACGAACCCCGACACCAAUAACAAUGUCGAGAAUUCAGAUUCAACGUCAGCUAUGGAAACGGAGAAGCCUGAGGCUGCUGAAUAAGGCCAGUGCUAUUUUUAUUUUUGUUUCUUUUUAUAUCUUGUGUGUCGUUAUGCAGGAGAAGGUACUUUAUUCUAUUUGUAUACUCGUCACGAAUAUAGAUUUUGGUGGGCGAAAAGGGGAAGUCUUGUUAGAUUUUGUUAAAAAUGAGUAGACAGUUUCCCUUUGCCUUUGAGAUUUAAAAGUCUGUUAUUGUACUUGAAGGUGUUCUUGUAUACGUUUGCGACUUAUUUAUUGGAUUAUGUAGAGAUGCUGCAUUUCAUGCAUAAUUU